CGAGACGUAAACAAUGGAUGAUGUAAAUAUCAAUGAAAUGUGUCUUGAAGAAGAGGUGAUCGCAGAUGGGGAUGAAUGGAUAAAAUUUAGCUGGAUUAAACAAAGUGAUGACAAUGAAACUUCUCGUCAAUCAUUGGACGUGCAUAAGAAGGAUAUAAAUAUUGAGACUGCACAGAUAAACGAUGAUGAUAAUAAAGUCUUGUGUAUGAAUACAGAAGCAGAUGAUAUAUCUGAUGGUAUAUCUAUUAUAACGGAAAGUGACACAGAUACUAUCAAUACGAAUAUUCUUCAAAUCAGUCAAUUUAAUGGUAACACAUAUAGGUUUCUUCGGAUAUUGGAAAAACAAAUAAAUAAACAGACAAAUAUAAGAAAUGUUCUUAUGGCUUGUAUAAUUGGUAUCAUUAUUGGUUUUAUUCUUAGCCAUUCUUUCAUAGAUUCCAAAGUCUGUCCAAACUCAAAUGGUAUUAAUACUGAAAAUCUUAAGACUGAAGUUCACAAUAUUGUUCAUACUCUCAAAGGACUGACGGAAGAUUUCUCGUUUCUAGUGAAAACUAUGCUAAAUGAAAUUAAAACUCAUACUGCAGUUGAUAAGAAAAUUAUGGAGCACUUUAGAGAUCAGUUUUCUAAGAUAGAUACUGUGAAUAAAAUGAGUAAUAAGCCUAUUAUUAUAUCAGAAUCUUUCAAUUUUGAUCCAUAUUCAUUGAAUCAAGUGUCUCAACUUCAAAUGUCUCUACAUGCAUUAUCAUCAUUGGCAUUUAUUUAUGAUAACAAUAGUUUGUUGAAAAAUGAAAUAAAUGAGACACUGGAUAUUGUGAAUAAUACAAAAGCAUUUUAUGAAAACUUGAUAUUAUUAAAUAACAAUACACAAAAUGAGUACAAUUCUUUUGCCUUGAAAAUUUUGCAACAUGAUAGCAACAAAAUACAUAUUACUUCUAAGUUACUUCUCUCAAACUUGAUAGAAAGAAUAAGCAAGAUAACAUUAAACGUGUACAAUAAAUAUACUAAAGAAAAACACAAAUUAAUUAAAAAAUUGUGUGAUUUGAAAAGUAUAUUGCCUGAUGAUGAAUUUUUGAAACAAUUAACAACAAAUAAUCAGCUUUUUAAAAAUUAUGACAAAUCUUGUCUUUCAAAUUAUUCAUCAAAAAAAUUGAAUACAAAAAUAUUUGAAAAAAAAAAUACAAAGAUAAAAAAUAUAAAGGAGCAAGUCAGAGAAACUGAUAAUACAGUAGUUAAAGCAAAAUAUGAUAAAGAGAAUAGCCAGAAAAUUUAUAAUGUUAAUAAAAAGGGCUCUUUAAAAAAUGAAAGAACUAAGAAAUUGAAUGAAUACAAUUAUACUAUUACAAAGUUUUUCCAAAAUGCCAGUGAUAAAAUACAUAAUAUUUCUCAGCUACUUUCCUCAGAAUUGAUAGAAAAUAAAAGGGAAAUGUUAAAUAAGGAUAUAUAUACUAAUAAAUAUAAUGAGGUGAAACACAGAUGGAUAAAAAAUAAGUGCCAUAAGGAUAGUAGCAAAUUUUUAGAACGAUCAACAGAAAAUAAUGAAGAAAACAAUAAAGAAUCAAUUAAUUUGUGUGUAAGAGAGAAUAAUUAUUUACAAUCAAUUGAAAUACAAAAAGACGACAUGUUAAAGAAUAAUUUUGAUAAUAUUUUAAUACAAUCGUGGAAAGACAUGUGCCCACUUUCAACCAACUCUUGUUCAAAAUUCAAUAUACCCACAUUGCCCACCACAUCAAGUUGUAAAACAGAGAAUUCUAUUGUUAAUUCUAACAACGAACAUGAUGCAAAUAGCAAAGAAUCUGUAUUGGAUUAUGAAAAUUCUACAAAAGUUUUAUUUAGAAAGAGUAAACCAAAACAAAAAGACUACUCUAGAUCGAGUGAUUCCUCCGAAAAGGUUUUUAAUAAUGAUGGUAAAAAUAUUAAAGAAAAAAAGAAGAUAUUCACUCAAAAUAAAAUUAAAAAUCCUAUGUCUGAGACUAAUAAUUAUCAUAAAUCUAAAGAGUCUUCAUUUAAGAGCCGCAUAACAAAGCAAGAUAACCAGGAUUAUAGAAAUACGAAUUGGCAGAGUGAUAAUAAAAGAUUUUAUAGGCGUAAAAAGCAAUGGCAGCGCGGCGAUUCGGAUUGGUACUUUCGACGAGUAUUUUCUCGUAGAAAAGCGCGAAGACAUGCGGAAGAUAUAUACCAAUGGAAUACCAAACUAUGGAACAAAUAUCGGUGAAAUGUAUAUUGUUGAAAUGUAGACAUAGAUGAAUUUAUAAAUGUUUAGAAUAUUUUUGUGCAUGCAAGUUUUUUUAUAUGAUGUUCUGUAUAGCAAUUUGAUAUAGUUUUAUUAAUCUUUAAAUAUUUCUGAAAUAUCUAAAUGAUACAAUAUUUUUGGAUAAAAAAUUAUGUGUAUCAUACUUCAUAAAAAAAAAAGACAAAAUUAAGUAAAAAUACUAAAAAUAUAAUAAAAUGCACUUGAUGUAUAUUGUGAUAAAAUGGUUGUAUAGUAUCAGUAUAUCAAUUAUAUAUUGCAGUAUUAAAAUCUUUACUACAAUGUGAUAUAACAUAUAAUACGUGAAAUAAUUUUGCAUCAAAAUAGUUAUAAUUUUGUAUCUCUUGUUAGUGUUUGAAUCUCAUUUAGUCAUUAGACAUUUAAAAAUAACAUAGAUAAAAUUUCUAUCAAAUUCGCGAUGUGACAAUUUGUGCUCAUCAAGAAUAUUUAAUCAUGAUAAUGAUGCUGUGUGUGAUUUGUACUAAGUAGUCACCGAAAAAAACGGUGCUUUCUCAAAGCCAUAUUUUUUUGCAGCAAAGUUAUUUUAACCAAAGCCACGCUUAGAUAUAGUCGAUUAAAAAAAAAAAAAAAAAAAAGAUUUUGCAGCUUUAAGAAUAUAAGAUAAAUAUAGAUAAAUAAAAAAAAAGAUGAAUAGAAUUUACAUUUUCAUAAUAUAUAUUUAUUUAAUUAGAAUAGUUAUUGUAAUAGUUUAUACAAAAAUAAAAUAUAACUAGCUUAAUAUCUUUUGUAAGAAUAUAUGUGUAUAAAGAAUGUAAAUUGUAACAAGAGAUAUAUGAUAAAAGUUU